AUGUUUUACCGAACCGGAACCUCCCAGUUGCUCUCCCUGCUUUCUCUUUGGACCGCUUUUCUCGCUGUAUUUUCGUCGCCCUUGCCCUCUGGCAGUAGUGUUGGAGUUUCCCAGUACUAUGGACGCUCCGAUCCAGCGAUCGCCAGAUUGGCUUCAAAAAUUGCCAAACGUUCAGUUAAAGUGGACAUUACCCUCUUUAUCCUGUACGAAGCUUACCCAGAGUACGAACAUUGGGCUGUGCAAGUCGGGGACGCAUAUCUCCAAGCCUCUUUGCCAUGGGAAGAGUGGCAGCACGUCAAUAUACAUCAGGAUCAUUUGCGCAUCUCGAGAGGAAAUGAGAAAGCGCAGUUCUCACCACCUCCCAGAAAGAUUAAGCUCGGCAAAGCAAAGUUCGAAGAUGAAGAAAAAAAGGAUGAAGUUAUCGCGGACAUCCUCAAGUGGCAAAUGCCCGUUCCCGUAGGUCAAAAAGGAGGCAAUUGUAUGGAUUUCGUCUGGUCGGUUCUGCAGUUUUUCGUAGAGAACGGCUACUCUAAUAACGGGGUGAUGACUAAAUUUAUGGAAGAGUAUGACGCCAGAUAUCACACUGUAGUGGAAAACGUUAUUGCACAUAAGUCGAAGUAA